UAUUUGUAUGCGUGACAUGAAUGUCAAAUGUUUACGCGUGUUUUGUUGUUGACACUCAACCUAAAAAUCAAAAAAAAGUUAACGCAAUUCGGUCGAGUUUUGUGCUUGCAAUUGUGGUUCGAACAUGGAGAAUUUUAAAGAGCAUAUUCUUCAGAAUAUUCGCCAUAUUCUGUUUUAUUACUUCAAAAAAGGGAAGAAAGCAAUUGAAGCAAGGGAAAAGUUGCGUCGAGUUUACGGCAGAAAUGUCGUCAAAAAACGCCAGUGCCAGAACUGGUUCGCCCGAUUCCAUGAUGGUGAUUUUUCAGUCAAAGACGCUCAUCGCUCCGGUAGGCCUUCCAAGAAUGACAACGAUGAAAUGAAAGCAUUGAUGCAAGCAAAUAAGCAUUCAACGAUUCGGGAGUUUGCUACCGCUCUAAAAGUGUCCGUUGGAAGUGUUCAUGGCCAUUUGAAAUUGCUAGGCUUCGUAAAGAAGUUCGAUGUUUGGGUAUGAGUUGAAAGAAA